CGCAGGGGUGAAAAAUGCAGGGCCAGUUAAGAUUGGCACUUCCUCUCAUGAGCCGGAAAUGUGGAAUGGAGUUCUGAAAAAUUGAGUUUGAUUUGUUGUAUUUCAGAUUGGUCCACUAAAUACAUGAUGUGACAAACGUCAACUUGAAAAAUGAAAGGCAUGAUACAGUCACUUCUCCAUACGCUCCUGUGCUCUCUCCACUCAACAAGAUGCCACGCCCAAGACUACUUCACAAACUUCUUUAUGCUGGCGUAAUCGUUUUGUGCAUUGUGAGUUGCUGGAAUGCACGUUUGCUUUAUACGGUAAAAGAUGACAAGGAGCCUAUCAAACAUGCCCAGUUCAUCAAACAGGUCAUAAAUCAACGGGACACUUUGUUUGACACUAUUGGUAUACUCAAACAAAAGUGCUCUGGUGAUCAUGGAAGAAGGCGUGGAUCAGGGAGGAAUUCCUCUGAUGGAUCUGUUAGGAUAUGGACCAAACCCAGUGACAUAGACCUCAGAAAAUCCCUUGUUUUAGGCUAUAGAAAAGAGGAGACAGGUUUUCUGACGAUAGGCAUACCCACGGUUCAAAGAGAGAGUGAACACUACCUGACGCAAACUCUAGAUUCCCUCAUUGAGAACUCGACCCCAGAGGAACAGGCAGAGGUCACACUGCUGAUAUUCCUGGCAGAUUUUGAAGAAGAGAAGCGCAAUGUCUUGAAGAACCUGCUGAUGGACAGGUACCUGAACUAUCUUGAAAGUGGAUACAUGCAAGUUAUCCAAGCCCCUCAAGAAUUCUAUCCACCCCUUGACAACUUGAAAUUAUUAUAUGGCGACUCUAAAGAAAGGGUCUACUGGCGCUCAAAGCAGUGUGUGGAUUUUGCCUUCAUGUUCUUCUAUGCCGAUAGUCUUUCAGAAUACUAUAUUCAAAUUGAAGAUGAUGUAGUUACAACUGCAGGGUAUAUAAGUGCAAUUCAAGAAUAUGUUCAGUUGAAGAGCAGUACUGAUUGGAUAACGCUAGAGUUUUCAGUCCUAGGUUUCAUCGGGAAGCUCUUCCAUGCUUAUGACCUGGACAGGCUGGCACAGUUCAUCAUGUUCUUUUACCAGGAGCAGCCUGUUGACCUCCUCUACCGGUAUUUCAAUUCAUUGAACGGCCAGAAGGAGAUGCACCAACGGCUGCCAUCGAUUUUCCAGCACAAGGGGAAGCAAUCAUCGCUCAAGGAUAAGGAAAGCCACUUGGAAGACAACUUCUUUGACCAUUAUAAACGCCAGUAUAUAGAUAGUGACAAUCCUCCUGCCAAAGUGUAUAGCGAUAUGAAGCAGUUCAGUAUGUACCUUGGACCACAGCUGAGUUACAGUGUAGAGCCUGGGUACUUCUGGGCGGUGAGUCCUCAAGAGGGCCAGUCAGUAGUUGUGGUCUUUGAUGAUCCUACAGUGCUAUCCCGCAUCGCCGUUGCAACUGGAUCGGACAAACAUCCCGCAGACAUGUUAGAAGUGGCUGCACUCGAGUUGAGCUCUGCCCUACUCCAAAGUGGAAAUGAAGGAUCUUUGCCAGAAUGUAGCAGCUAUGUUGAGAUAGGGCAAUUCGUGAAAGGUAGUAUUGAUGUCAAUGUGCAAGAGAAAUUUACUGAAACUGUGGCAUGUCUCCGUAUUCAUGUUCUUGUUUCUCAGGUUCAGUGGGUAGUUAUAAGAGAGAUUGCUGUUUGGACACAUCAUUGAUUGUAUAACUCCUUGCAUAGUUCCUUUACUGUUAAUAUUCACUUGAAUAUUUGUGAGAAUGUUUUACAGGAACAUGUCCAUGAUGAGCAUUUUCUCAUGAAUGGCAUUUUCCUUGGGCAUUUUUCCAUAUGCUGGUUUGACUGUUUGAAGUACAGGAGACCUACUACAUCUGGGGUCAUUUCAUAAAUACAACUACAUGGUUGAUGCAGAUUUCCUGUAUAAAUUAUGCUUAAUUUGCCGCAUAUACUGAAAAGUGUCCAAUAUUGAUGUGAGGCUAAUUGACGCCUGUUACCAUGGUUAAGUACGCUAUUGUAUAAUUGUAUUCAUGAGUCCACUGUUUAAAGAGUGGACUUAUUAAUUCAAAACUGUGGACUCAUGAAUGAAAUAGCGUAUUUAACCAUGGCAACAGGCCUCAGUUUGGCGCACUGUGACAAAAGCGUGCAUCAGCAUCAGACAUUUUUUUAUAUGCGUGGAAAAUAUGCGUAACAUAUACAGGAAUUCUACAUAAACUGUGGGUUCAAACCAUGGUUGUAAAAACCUUCUUUAUGUAUUCGGGCAUUUGAGUUUGAUUGGCUGUUCUUCACUGUUUACAUGAAAGUUAUCUCUGCCUCAGGACCUGUAGGAACAGUCAUUUUCCGCAAAAAAAAUUGCUUUUACUGUUUCUGAAAACUUGUAAUUCCAUGUCAAGCUUGAUGUAAAAUGAGAAUUCCAUUAUUUUAUAGAAAAUACAACACAGCCAAAGCAUAAAUCCUGUUUUGCAAAGGUACGUGUAAGUUCAUGAAAUUUUAAAAUGUAAAGAACCAUAAAGGAUUUUUUAUUUUCAUUUCCUUGUAAACCCUAGACCCAGGCAUGAUGAAAAAGAAAGUAAUGUUUCUUUAUUUUUCUUUUCCUUAAUCCCCAUAAGACCAGUGCAUGCAUGAUUUAUAUUUCGUAUUGCUUUGUCUGCGGUAAUAUGAAAAUGUCACCAAACAGAAGUAUGUUAAACCAUAUUUGUGGUGUUAGAAAUGCCUGCUGAUUUUUUUAAUGCCAUAAUAUAUAUGAUGUGGAUAAUAUAAACUGAAGAAACUGCGUUGAUAUGAAGCAAAAUUCUCUUAAAUUGAAUUGAUAUGAAUUUUGAUCUGCAAGUUAGUAUUUUGAGGUGUCUUGUCAAUGGUAUUUAAGUCGAUUGAUGUUCUCUGUGUAAUAUACUGCAAUAGUUACCAUAUACAUCUUAUGUUAAGCAUAUCUUUUUUAAAUGAAACUUUUUAAGUGCAAUUACAUAUUUUUACACCAGGAUGACAAUGUACAUGUAGGAAAUUAGCUAUAUUAUAUAUUUUAAUGACAUCACUUUUUUGAAACCAAAGAACUCUCCAUAUUGUUUUUACACAAUCAAUGUGUAAUCUAGACAAUUUCAGACUCUGGUUGUAAUAUUUCAGGAAAUUCUCUCACAUGCUGGCAGGGUGAAUACAAUAUUUAUUAGCAUUAUAAAUAUAAAAGAAAACAAUGAAAAUUCAUUGACUAUUCAUUUUGUUGAUUUUUGUCUCACCUGCAUAGCAG